AUUAUCCGGGGUUGGCAUAAUUCUUAGUUUCAGCAGCCACAUCACUUUGUUCACAAUGUGUUGUAAGUGCUGCAGUGUUCUUCAACAGAAAAUAUGGGUUUUCACCCUAGGAACUGCCUUUUUGGCCAUUGGAAUACUGACAAUUUGCUUUUGGCCUGGAUUAAUUCGUACAAUGAUUUACAAUGAAUUACCCCUAUCGAAGACAUCGAAAACCUACGACAAAUGGUAUAUUACACCCAUUCCCAUAUACAUGCAUAUGUAUUUAUGGAACUGGACAAAUCCUGAUCAAGUUAAAAAUCUCAAUGUUAAACCUAACUUUGUUCAAAUGGGUCCUUAUGUGUUUCGUGAAGCAAAAAUCAAAGAGGACCUUGAAUGGCAUCCGAAUAAAACAGUAACAUAUUUUGGAACACGCACUUGGUUUUUUGUUCCGGAGAAGACAAACGGCACAUUGGAUGAUUUAAUUACUUGUCCAAAUGUUGCUACAGCGGCAGUUGCGAAUCAGAUGCGAAACGAAGGCAAGGCCAAAAAGUUUCUUCUCAAUACUUUGCUGAACACAAAUGGUGGAACGUUGACAUGGACCAAAACUGCAGAAGAAUGGCUCUUCAAGGGGUUCUAUGAUCAGUUCCUUGAUUUUGCACUCAAAUUGAAUAGACCUGAUGUACCCGUAGAAUCUGCAUAUUUCGCUUUGUUUCUGGAUAGAAAUGGCACAAAAGAUUAUGAAGGCACAUAUACAGUUCAUACUGGACAAGGUGAUUUAUCGAAAAUGGGUGAACUAACGCAUUGGAAUGGCAGUGAUCACACUGGUUACUAUGAAGGUGAAUGCGGCAAAGUGAACGGAAGCACUGGAGACUUAUGGGUGCCAAAUCGGCCAAGAGACCAAGCCAUAUCAAUGUUUAUCCCAGAUACUUGCCGGUACAUUAAUUUGUUUGCCGGUGAAAAUAAACGAAAAAUGGGCAUUGAUGCUAUAAAAUACGGAACGAAUGAAAUGACUUUUGAUAGUGGAGAAGUUUAUCCAAAUAUGAAAUGUUUCUGUCCCAAAGAGAGCGAUCAUUGCCAAAAAACUGGUGUCAUUGAUUUGGGGCCAUGUACGCAAGGAUCUCCAAUGUAUAUGUCACAUGCUCAUUUCUACUUAGCUGACCCGUCUUAUAGGGCUAACAUAACUGGCAUGGCACCUGAUCCAGAAAAACACACAUUUACGAUUCUAAUGGAGCCCACUUUGGGGGUGCCACUUGAAGUAAAUGCUGAUGUUAUGAUAAGCUUGCGAAUCCGAAGGGAUAAUAGUUUUAAAAUUUUCAAAAAUAUUCACGAAGAGUUUUAUGCUCCCUUCUUCACCAUUUCGCAGCGGGCGGAAAUCGAUGAGGCUCUUGCAGCGGAAGUUAGGCUUGCCUUAGGUUUGCCAUCUUAUGGAGUCUAUGGUGGAAUUGCUUUGACAGCAAUUGGUGCUAUUAUGUUAGUAAUUGGUAUUUUUUUGACCAUAACUCGAAACUGGAAAGGCCAGAACAAACAUUUAAAGAAAUAAUGAAAUGUAAUUUGAU